AUGGAAAAGCUGAAGAGCGUUGCCCGGUUUCGCGGAAUAUCGAUGGGCGCGAAUCAAUCCGAUCUCAAGACUGGUCAGCCGCCGAAGAAGUCUUUUAAUCGAUUGAGCGGUCUUUUCAGCCGCACUCAGAAUAGAAAGUCGGCGCCCCCGGUGCCGAUUAUCGAAUCUUCCUCCGAAGCCAGUACGAGGCACUACCUCGCGCCAGUCACCUCGCGACCGGACUCCAGAAUCGCCAGUUCGUCCAUCUCCUCGUUUGAUAAUCACGAGCGGCCAGUGUCUCUUCCAGACGGUCGCAACACCCUUAAUAGCCGGCGAGCACCUGUUGAAGGAUACUUUGCGCAUGAAUCGCCAGAGUCCUUUACCGUUCCAAGCCCUCACCAACACCUCCGCGGUGCUACGAACUCAGACCAUAUGAGAUCAAGCGACCCUACCCCCAUUGAUCACGGGCGGCUCUCGCCCCAUUUCCCGGGCUAUCGUCCGCCUGGCACUCCACAUCCUCAACCCCACGUUUCAUCCCCGCGAUUGAGUUCGCCUCUCCCAUCCCCGGUCCCUCGCACGCCGCCGUCUCGCGGCCGUUCCAAUGACCACACCUACGCCCAAGAACUCCAUCUCCGUUCCCGGAGCCCCAAAUCGUUCGCGCCACGCCCGGAAGAACGUAAUCUCCCAAAACACGAUCCCACCGAUCCCGCCUUCAAUCUCGGCGCCUUCCGGACAUCGAACAUCCGCACCAGUCGCGUUGGUGACCAAGAACUACCCUGGAAAAUCACCAUCCCUGGCGAUGACGAUGACGACGACGAGCCCGCGGUGAGAAAUACGUCAGCCUCCUGGCGCCAUGAAACCGAGGACGUCCUUAACGGCGCCAGUACUGGUAAUAGUACCAGCACCCGAUUACCCACUUACGAAGAAUAUGAAGAAGAGCACGGCCCGACCCAGUACCAACCGCAAGACGAGAAACAGGACUACCCCAUUACUGACGCUCCAGCGACGUCCGAGCCGAUUCCACCACCAGCCCAGCCAAAUACCGCCUCACCCGAUCAGAACCACCCGCACCGCAGCGGCGCCCGCACAAUAAACGCAUUCGACGCGCCAGUCGAGCUUCCCGUACGAACGGACGACAACUCCAGCGAGGAGAUCAUGAUGUCCAGCACGGCGUACCCGGGUCAGGAAUGGCGCCCUCUCGGUUUCUCCGAGUGGGAGCAUCAGUGA